UAUUACUAGUCAAAUCCUUUGUUGACUGUCUCUCUCUCUCUCUCUCUCCUCACUUUCUCUCUCUAUAUAACCACCAUAUCCUCCCUCUCUUUCCUCUAGGCCAUGCCCUAACACUCUUUUUGUUUCCCCUCUCAUAUAUAUAUACACACACAUAUCUAUAUAUAUGUUGUGACGAUAGAAACGCAGCUAUACGUGUGAGUGUGUGUGCGUCUAAAUUUAUAUAUUUAUAUUAACGGAGUUGAUGGCGCCGAGGGAGAAGACGGCGGGGGGCGUGAAAUUUAACGGCGACGUGAAGGAGGUGCAUUUCAGGGGUGUACGGAAGAGGCCGUGGGGGAGAUACGCCGCCGAGAUUCGAGAUCCGGGGAAGAAGAGCCGUGUGUGGCUGGGGACGUUCGACACGGCGGAGGAGGCGGCGAGGGCGUACGACGCCGCCGCGAGGGAGUUUCGCGGCAACAAAGCCAGGACUAAUUUCCCGGUGCCGGAGGAGGUGAGUGUGAGGAACGUUAACAACGGCGGUGGUGAGAAGAUUGAUGUGAUGAUGAUAAAGAAGAGUAGUUGUAAUCAGAGUCCGGAUCAGAGUAGUACCGUGGAGUCCUCGGGGUUUUCGCCGGCGCUGAUGGUUGAUUCGUCGCCGUUGGAUCUCAAUCUGUCCCACGGCGGCGGAGGCGGCGUCGCUCGAUUUGGCUCCGCCGUGAGGUUUCCGUUUUUGCAGCAGCAGUAUCAUGUUUCUCCGGUUACCGGAAUUUUGCCGCCGGCGAGUCAGGUUGUCUAUUUUGACCAGAUCCUGCGCCCUGAGAGGAUGAAUCAAGACUAUCUCCGUCAGCUUCAAAAUGAGCGGCUGAUGUUCGAUCACGCGGCGGCAACUUUCCGCGCCGCCGCACACUGCGGUGGUGGGGUCCCGAGCGACUCCGACUCGUCCUCUGUAAUUGACUUGAACCAGAGCGACGUCAAGCUGAACACAGUUCGCGACUUCGAUCUCAACUUUCCCCCGCCGGAAAACGUCUGAUGCCACCGCCGGUGGAGGCGGGAUUUUUUUUUUUUACCGUUUUCUAUUUAAUUUUUUUUUUUUUUUUUUGUCAGUUUUCCCUUUUCUUCUGUUUUUGGAAAAUAGGGAUAAGAUUAGGUAUUAGCGAAGUGUUGGAGCUUCGGUGAUCUAUAAGCGGUUCAAUGAAUGAUCACCGUCUGAUGUGAAUACAUAGCUGAUCUCCUUUUUUUUUUUUUUUGCAACAGUUAGAAUUCAAUUUCUUGCUGUUGUUGGAAACUUUGCACUCAUGUGCCUUGGAUGUAACCUCUUGUUUAAUCCAUGUCUUUUUGCAAUGAAGCAAUUGAUAAUUUCUCAAAA